CACGCUUCGGAACAACCCCGUUGGCCAUGCUGGCGGCGACCUGCAACAAGAUCGGCAACACGAGCCCCCUGACCACACUGCCCGAGUCCAGCGCCUUCGCCAAAGGCGGCUUCCACCCCUGGAAGCGCUCCUCGUCCAGCUGCAACCUCGGCUCCAGCCUCUCGGGCUUCGCUGUGGCCACGGGCGGCCGCGGCUCGGGCAGCCUGGCGGGUGGCUCGGGAGCCGCCAACAGCGCCUUCUGCCUGGCCUCCACGUCCCCGACGUCGUCCGCCUUCAGCAGCGACUACGGCGGCCUUUUCUCCAACUCGGCGGCGGCGGCUGCCGCGGCGGCCGGCGUGUCCCCGCAGGAGGCGGGCGGCCAGUCGGCCUUCAUCUCCAAGGUGCACACGACGGCGGCCGACGGCCUGUACCCGCGCGUGGGCAUGGCGCACCCGUACGAGUCGUGGUACAAGUCCGGCUUCCACUCGACGCUGGCGGCGGGCGAGGUGACCAACGGCGCGGCGUCGUCGUGGUGGGACGUGCACAGCAGCCCCGGGUCCUGGCUGGAGGUGCAGAACCCCGCCGGGGGGCUGCAGAGCUCGCUGCACUCGGGCGCCCCCCAGGCCUCGCUGCACUCUCAGCUGGGCACCUACAACCCCGACUUCAGCUCGCUCACGCACUCGGCCUUCAGCUCCACCGGCCUCGGCUCGUCGGCCGCCGCCGCGUCGCAUCUGCUCUCCACCAGCCAGCACCUGCUGGCCCAGGACGGCUUCAAGCCGGUGCUGCCCUCUUACUCGGACUCCAGCGCCGCGGUGGCCGCAGCGGCAGCCAGCGCUAUGAUCUCGGGCGCCGCAGCAGCCGCCGCCGGGGGCAGCUCCGCUCGCUCCGCCCGUCGCUACUCCGGCCGUGCCACCUGCGACUGUCCCAACUGCCAGGAGGCCGAGCGGCUAGGUCCAGCCGGGGCGAGCCUACGACGCAAGGGGCUGCACAGCUGUCACAUCCCGGGCUGCGGCAAGGUGUACGGCAAGACGUCGCACCUGAAGGCGCACCUGCGCUGGCACACGGGCGAGCGGCCCUUCGUGUGCAACUGGCUCUUCUGCGGCAAGCGCUUCACGCGCUCGGACGAGCUGCAGCGGCACCUGCGGACUCACACGGGCGAGAAGCGCUUCGCCUGCCCGGUGUGCAACAAGCGUUUCAUGCGCAGCGACCACCUGAGCAAACACAUUAAGACGCACAACGGGGGCGGCGGGGGCAAAAAGGGCAGCGACAGUGACACGGACGCCAGCAACCUGGAGACGCCCCGCUCCGAGUCCCCGGACCUCAUCCUGCACGAUUCCGGCGUCAGUGCAGCCCGAGCGGCUGCGGCGGCAGCGGCGGCGGCGGCUGCAGCGGCGGCAGCAGCAGCGGCUUCGGCGGGAGGCAAGGAAGCUGCGACCGGUCCCAACGACUCCUAGAGGUUGGCGGAGAGGCGAGAGCGAGCAAGUAGAGACACCCAGAGCGAGCGAGAGGUUCGGAGGGCGAGCGAGUGGGCGCACGGGAGGGCAGGGGCUCCAGUGAGGCCCCCCAGAGCCCAGGCUGGGCGCGAGGUGAAGCAGCGCUGAACCCCGGGCGGUGGCUUGCUGGCGGCGCCGGAGUUGCCCUCCACCCAUUGCUCCCAGUGAGAUUCGAUCUCAAGGUCCAGAAACAAAAGCGAGUCAUCCUCCGACAUAAACACAGGUUCAAAACUGCACACACACACACACACACACACACACACACACACACCGGAGACCCACAACCGCAAGAAAGCACACUCCCGCGCGCUCACUCACAGGCACCCACUCGAACAAACUUCUCCAGAGAAGAGCAAUACACAGAAAUGUCCCCUCCCCCAACUGCCCACUGCCCACUCCUCCCACCAUCCUUCUCUGUCCUUUUCUCAAAAACAAAAACAAAAACAAAAA